UGCACACCACGGGGGUGGUUUUUCGCGUUGGCACACCCGGGCGGCUAGCUGGGCGGUGUCUGCAGCCUUCACUUUCCUCCUGAAAAUCGAAGGCUACAGGGGUGGCGGCCGUCUUUUUUUCCUCUCCAUCGCUGUCCCAUUCUCCCCCGCUGUCAUUCCCUUCGUUUCACGCGUCUCGGUUCCUUCAAUCUCUAUCCGCGCUCGAUCCUCCUCCUCCUCCUCUCCGUCUACCCUCCGCCACCCUCUUCCUACCGUGUUCCCCUUUUUCUCCGCUGGAUCCGAGUGACACGUGUCACACGGGGUACCGCGGUCCCCAACAGACAUCCCCGUGGCCGCACGUGCGGGCUCCCGCAGUCGGUGGACGCGGCGGACCAACGAAAAAGUGAGAGUGCACGACCGGGCGCACUGGCUGGGAUCUGAUCGCGCGUUCACCACCGCCGCUGGAAGUGCAUUCGGAACAGCUGUUCGACCUGAUCCCGCGUUCUCGUGUCGCUGAUCCGUCCGCUGACUCGCCGGAUCAACCGGAACCUGCUGGCCAACCGGAACCACCGGUUCGGAGGAGGAAGUCCUUCGGUUUCUCUGCGCCAGUGAAACUUUCCCGGUCACGUGACCGGGAGUUCCGUGGAGCUGCGGAAGAAGGGGCGAGAGACGGAGAGAAAGAGAGAGCGAGAGAGAGAGAGAGAGAGAGAGAGCAGAGUGUACCGUAGUCAGCGAUAUUCCGAGGCGACAAGGGGAGCUCCGUUCCUCGUGCAACUGCCUAUCCGAUACGAGCCCCGGUUUCUCGCGGACGGUUCGACUAGUCGGUGUGCGGUGAUCGACGCCGGACCGUUGGGACACGCGUCGCUCCGGGAAUCUCGGCCAGCAAUGUUCGUCGGAUGCGCGAGCUGAUAGCGAACUAAUACCGAACCGAUAAAUAGCUGACGGGACGGAUGAAGGACUCGAUUUAGACUCGCUCCGAUCAGCGAAAAUGAUCGUCGAUUGUCAGGCUCGUCUUGGCACGAAAGCGAAUCGCCGCCCUCGGCGAGAUUCGCUAGAUCGAUGGACUCUUUCGAUUGUUGCCUCCGGGUAGGAAUGGUGGACUCGGUCGCCCGUUCAGCCGCGAUUAGUCAGCCACGAAAAGACUGGCCAGUGUUUACAUAGACUCGACCGAUGCUCGGUGAGCGUGGAUCGUUCGGUGUUUCGAUCGCGAAUGACCUGAUUCCACGGCAAGCAGAGCACCGUUCGGAGGAUCGUCGCUAACCUUGGCACACGCACCGCCUAAACGUUACGGGGAAAAGGAUCUGUCGGGUGGCUCGCGAUAAUAGCGCUGUCCCCCGAUACCACUGCCAAGAUAGUUCUUCCCGGCUACGUCGCGCAGCUUCUCAUGGCCGCUAUUCACCGGACGUCCGUACGAGAAUCGUGUACUCGUUAUAUCGAGGGCUGGAGGAAACGUUCCAUCGGUCUCGCAACAAGUUCUCCACCGGUGAUCGUGCAUCGAUCACGCGACGCACAGCGUCUUCCGAAUCAUUAACCGCUUCGUGUGAUCAAGCGCAGCAACCGGAACACGACGCUUUCCAUCGGACGUUGAUCGUGCCCAUUCGAUAAACAAACGCCACGUAACUGAGAAAUCAAAUGUUGUCUUCCUCCAAUGAAACAUAGAAAGUAGCUGUUUAAAACUAGUUACCUGAAUUAGUUCGUUCGCACGUAAAUCCAACAAAUAUCUCUAGCAGCUGUCUCAACGAAAUCAAGCCGAGUUGAGAAGACAGCGCGUAGAGAAUUUCAAUCGAAUCCAUCAGUUUCGGGGAUCGCGAUUGCAAUAGAAUUUCGAGAAUGAAAAUCCUCGGUGGAUGGAAUACGCGACGAUCGACCGAACAGUUCUACCCAGAAGUCUACAUCGACAUCCAAAAUGUCUAAGACGUUGGAAGCAUCGGCGAACUCCCAGGACGGCGAAAACUAUGCUGCCACUGUUGUCGAUCAUUUUAAUUAAAAGUUCGUUUCAUCGAUGCGAAACGAAGAGCCUGGGAGAACUUUUCGACUUAUCUACCAAGAUUCUUUCGCCGAUGGAAGGAACUAACUCGUCGAGAAUGCUUCUCCGGAUGUCCGACAGCGCCUGGUUACCUUUCAAGCCCGGGAGCACACCGUGGAAACGAUCUUUUUAUCUUCUCGCGAGAAUGAACCGAGGUUGUCGCGGUUGAGAGCAAUGUUACGAAACUGAGGGACGUCGAAGAGGAGGAAAGAUGCGAGUCGAGCUGUUUUUGGUGGUUGGCACGCUCGUGGUCUCCACCAGUUGCGAGCGGCGGUCGGCGAUCGGCGAUGCUGCGGCUCAUGAACCGUCCCGAAGUCACGGCAUCCCCAAUCAAACUAUAAACAUCGGGCUCGUAGUACCGCACUCGAAUUUCGUCGUGCGGGAAUACAAGAAAAAGCUGAAGGAUGUGAUCAGCAACUUGAACAAGGGCCGCACCAAGGGAAAAGAAUACACAAAAUUCACCUUUCUGGACAAAUACAUUUUCACGUCGGAUCAAGUCAGACUGACCAUGCUGAAGCUUACGCCGAGCCCAACAGCGAUUCUCCACUCGCUAUGCACGCAAUUCCUGCCGAUGAAUGUGUCGACUAUCUUGUACAUGGUGAACUACGAACAAUAUGGCCGGAGUACGGCUAGUGCUCAAUACUUUCUACAGCUGGCUGGCUAUCUUGGAAUUCCGGUGAUUGCCUGGAAUGCCGAUAACUCGGGAUUAGAACGGAAAGCAUCGCAGAGCAACCUGCAACUACAGUUGGCGCCGUCGUUGGAGCACCAGACGGCCGCGAUGCUAAGUAUCCUCGAGAGAUACAAAUGGCACCAGUUCAGCUUAGUGACUUCGCAGAUAGCAGGCCACGACGAUUUCGUGCAGGCGAUCCGCGAGAGAAUCUCGGACAUGCAGGAUACUUUCAAGUUCACUAUACUCAGCUCGACUCUGGUCACAGACGAGGCUGACCUUGCCGAGCUGUCCAAAAGCGAGUCCAGGGUGAUGCUUCUCUAUUCGACCAGAGAAGAGGCGAACCGCAUUUUGAAGGCCGCUAAGGACUACAAGAUGACUGGCGAGAAUUACGUGUGGGUGGUCACGCAAAGCGUCAUCGAGAACCCGCAGACGCCGCCCAGCCAGUUUCCAGUCGGGAUGCUCGGUGUACAUUUCGACACGAGCACGGAAAGGCUGGUCAGCGAGAUAACAACCGCAGUUAAGGUUUACGCGUACGGAGUGGAGGAUUUCCUGAACGACGACAACAACAGGAAUCUAAGUCUAAACACGCAGAUUGCAUGCGAGGGGAGUUACGGAGAGUCUCGAUGGAAUACCGGAGACCUGUUUUUCAAGUACUUGAAGAACGUGUCGGUGGAGCAUGAUCCAGCAAAGCCUAACGUGGAGUUCACUCAGGACGGAGUUUUGAAAGCGGCUGAACUGAAAAUUAUGAAUCUACGUCCGGGUGUGAGCAAACAACUCGUUUGGGAAGAGAUCGGUGUCUGGAAAUCCUGGGAGAAAGAAGGUCUUGACAUCAAGGACAUCGUCUGGCCCGGAAACACUCAUACACCUCCUCAAGGAGUUCCGGAAAAGUUCAAUUUAAAAAUAACCUUCCUGGAGGAGCCGCCGUACAUCAAUCUAGCACCGCCAGACCCUGUCACUGGAAAAUGUUUGGUAGAUCGUGGUGUCCACUGUCAAAUAGCCAAGGCAUCCGAUCUUAUCGACAUAGAUAUUUCAACGGCGCAGAAGAACGAAAGCUUGUUCCAGUGCUGCAGCGGGUUCUGCAUUGACCUGCUUCAGAAGUUGUCCGAAGAAAUCGGGUUCACCUACGAACUCUUUAGGGUGGAAGAUGCCAAGUGGGGUACGCUGGAGAAAGAGAAUGGAAAAUGGAACGGUCUAAUAGCGGACCUUGUCAAUCGGAAGACGGAUAUGGUGAUGACGAGUCUUAUGAUUAAUUCCGAAAGGGAAGCUGUCGUUGACUUUACUGUACCGUACAUGGAGACCGGGAUCGCUAUCGCGGUUAGCAAGAGGACCGGUAUAAUAUCCCCUACUGCCUUUCUUGAACCGUUCGACACUGCAUCAUGGAUGCUAGUCGGCAUCGUCGCCAUCCACGCAGCCACUAUAAUGAUACUCUUCUUCGAAUGGCUGUCACCGUCUGGUUUCAACAUGAAGGUAAACCCUUCAGGCGCUGCGCAGAGACUGAAGAACCCGUCACCAAACCACCGUUUCUCGUUCUGCCGCACUUACUGGUUGGUCUGGGCCGUAUUAUUUCAGGCAGCCGUCCAUAUCGAUUCUCCCAGAGGAUUCACAGCGAGAUUCAUGACGAACGUAUGGGCGUUAUUCGCCGUGGUAUUCCUCGCCAUUUACACUGCCAAUCUGGCUGCCUUCAUGAUCACGAGGGAGGAGUUCCACGAGUUCCAGGGACUAGACGAUCCACGACUCGCGAAGCCGUGGUCGCACAAGCCGAUGUACAAGUUCGGCACCUUACCGUUUAGCCACACAGAGAGCACGCUCGAGAAAUAUUUCAAGGAGAUGCACGCGUACAUGAAGACGUUCAAUAAAAGCAACGUGGCCGAGGGAAUCGAAGCCGUUAUCAGCGGAGAACUGGACGCUUUUAUUUACGAUGGAACAGUUUUGGACUACUUGGUGGCGCAGGACGAAGACUGUCGAUUACUGACCGUGGGGUCCUGGUACGCCAUGACAGGAUACGGUCUCGCAUUUCCCAGAAAUUCCAAAUACCUGCAGAUGUUCAACAAACGUCUAUUGGAUUACAGAGACAAUGGAGAUUUGGAGCGGCUCAGAAGGUACUGGAUGACGGGUACUUGUAAGCCGGAGAAAGAGGUGCAGAAGAGCAGCGAUCCCUUGGCACUGGAACAAUUCUUAUCGGCGUUUCUCUUACUGAUGAUGGGUAUUCUUUUGGCUGUGGCUUUUUUGCUCCUGGAACAUUUCUAUUUCAAAUAUGUCAGACAGCACCUGGCGCGAAGCGACGGCGGCGGUUGUUGUGCGCUUUUCAGCCUGAGCAUGGGCAAAUCUCUGACAUUCCGGGGAGCCGUGUUCGAGGCGCAAGAUAUCUUGAGGUAUCACAGAUGCAGGGAUCCCAUCUGCGACACACACUUGUGGAAGGUGAAACACGAGCUGGACAUGGCCAGGAUCAGGAUACGGCAGUUGGAAAAGGAUCUCGAGGCGCACGGGAUAAAACCGAGGCAGACUAAGAGGAAAACCGGAAGUCUCGGCUGGUGGCGAAGAUGCUUUCAAAGCUCGGACCGCCAUUCACAACCGCCGGAGCCAUUGGCGGUGGAAGCUCCGCAUCCGCUACCGCCAUACUUCGAUUCAUUCAUCGACGCCAUCGAUGUCGCCAGGCCUAGAGACAUGACCAGGAACCACGUCGUCAGCACAGAAUAUGCAAACAAAUUUUUGCCACCGGAAAUUUACAGGAUUCCGGACGACGAAGCCGCCAGGACGGAGAUAGCCGAGAUGGAAACAGUUCUGUGAUCGUAGAAAAUCGGCGGCGAUUGACCAGCCUCUUCAGUGCAAAGGGAAAUGGGACCGUGAGGAUCCCUUCGGGAGAAAGUCGGUCCGCUUUCCCAUUUUGGACAACGAGUUUCAUGCCUCGCGGCCUCACGAGGCAAGCAAGGCUUCCAUUGAAACGAACCAUCCGAGAGAGUUAGACACAGAGAAGCGAACAGAUACAUGAGAGAGAGAGAGAGAGAGAGAGAGAGAGAGAGAGAGAAAACAUGAGAAAGGAGAGAAGUAUUUUUGGGCUCCCUCUGAAGCUUCCAGACGAGCCCCGCCGAACACACGCCGAGCACAGAACCAAAUUUCGUACGCGAAGAGGACACGGGAGAACGUUCAGUGCCUAUCAUAGAAGAAAACGAGAGCCAAGAAAAGAAACAACCGAGGAUGGAUCGUUUUUCACGGUUUGACGUUCGUAGACGAGUCUGGCCGCCUCUUCCAAGACUAUUCAUUGUUCCUUCACGAAGAACGACGAGCUGCGUCCGAUCGUUCGUGGACACUUAACACUUUUUACAGUUCGCGGUGUUUGUCGUACCGUUCGAUAACAAGUUUCAAGAACUUCCGGCAUACGUAGCCGAUCGAGACGCUACGGUCGCGUACGUUUGUAUCUUGCAAGGAUCGCAGAGAAUCGAACCGAUCCCGGUAGAGCCUGGAUUAAAAAAAAA